GCCUUUUCGUCCGAACUACUUGCGUAUGCUUCUCACUUCUGUCACUCUCACUCUCUUCCUCACUCUCUCUCUCUCGCCUCGCCUCGCCCGCGCGCACGUCGCUUGACUUACUCUGUCUGCUGCUGGCAAUACCUCACAGCGUACCACCCCCCCCAUCCUAGCUCUGUUUGAAGCUAUAUCCCCUCCCAACCAAUAGCGCCCCCCUCUGGAUCCUUGUUUCAUCGCAUUUUUGUGCUCUGCCAGGAUUACCUUUCCAGCGCGGCAAGUCGGCUGGACGAGGGGUGGUAGUAAAGAAAGGAAAGACUAAGGUUAGCUGUUGUACUUGUUGGCUAGGUUUUUUGUCGAGCUCGGGCGGGCCACGGACGUCCAAUAUCCCCCCUUCUCACUCAAUCAUUCAGUUUCCCUUGCCCGGUCAUACAACCCUACUGGUCCUGCUUGGCUGCCCAGAAGGCCGAGAUCCAGUCGUUGAGUAUCCGUACCUUUCUUUGACGGACGGCUCUUGGGGGUUGUGAACCGGGAUCCAGGGCCCUGCUUUGCCUCAGACUGGGAGGAGGAGAGGUCCGACUGCCGCCGCCGCCACCAUGGCGAUAAAUCGUCCGGCGAGGCAGGGGACUGCCCAAAAGUCUUCACCUUCCUUACAACCAUCCAAACACAAGAGAACCUCAAACAGCUGGCUGUGCUUCCUCGCAAUGGGUUUCUCUACGGUCUUUACGGCCGCCGUCCUGGCCUUGCGCCUCUUCUCGGCGGACGUCCUCGCAGCUCCCGCGCCUGCUCCGGCUCCCCAGGCCGCUACUCCUGACGCUGCGGCCGGCUUCUGGGUUGCCUCGAUUGAGCGCCGUGGUGUCUCCGCCUUUGGUGACGCCAACUAUAAGAUCUUCCGCAAUGUUAAGGAUUUUGGCGCGAAGGGUGAUGGCUCUACCGACGACACUGUCGCCAUUCAGGCUGCUAUGGACGAGGGAAACCGCUGCGGCUUUGGCUGUGACUCCCAGACUACCACUCCCGCUCUCGUCUACUUCCCCGCUGGCACCUACGUUGUCUCCAAGCCGAUUGUCAUGAAGUACUACACUCACAUGGUUGGAGAUGCCACUCAGCUUCCCACCAUCAAGGCCGCUGCUAGCUUCACCGGUAUGGCCGUCAUCGAUGCCAACCCGUACGACGACCAGGGUAACAACGCCCAUACCAACCAGAACAACUUCUGGAAGCUUGUCCGCAACUUCAACAUUGACCUGACCGGCAUGCCCUUCACCUCCGGUGCUGGCAUUCACUGGCAGGUCGCCCAGGCUACCAGUCUCCAGAACAUCGUCUUCAACAUGCGCACCGAUGGUGGCGACGCCAACGUCCAGCAGGGUAUCUUCAUCGACAACGGCUCUGGAGGUUUCAUGACCGACCUGACCUUCAACGGAGGCAAGUACGGUGCCUUCAUGGGCUCGCAACAGUUCACUACUCGUAACAUGACCUUCAACAACUGCAAGACUGCCGUCUACAUGAACUGGAACUGGCUGUGGACCUUCCAGGACCUCAAGAUCAACAACUGCGGCGUCGGCAUCGACAUGUCCAACGGAGGUGCCAGCGCGCAGACCGUCGGCUCCGUUCUCCUGCUCGACAGCGUCAUUAGCAACACUCCUGUCGGCAUCUUGACUGCCUACAACCCUUCGUCUUCGUCCACCAACGGUAGCUUGAUCCUUGACAACGUCGACAUGACUUCCAACGUCCCCGCCGCCGUCCAGAUCGUCGACACCAAGGCCACCGUGCUCGCCGGUAACCAAAAGAUUGGAUCCUUCGUCCAGGGCAAGACCUACACUGGCACUGCCGGUCAGGGUAAGGCUGUCCAGGCUGCCCAGGAUGCUAUUGUCAAGCCCGCUGGUCUUCUCGCUUCCGAUGGCAAGGUUGUUACCCGCAGCAAGCCUCAGUACGCCAAUGUCCCCGCCAGCUCUUUCCUCAGCGCCAAGGCCAACGGCUGCAAGGGUGACGGUAAGAGUGAUGAUACUGCUGCCAUCCAGGCCCUGUUCAACAAGGCCGGCCCCAACGACAUUGUCUACUUUGACCACGGUGCCUACAUCAUCUCCGACACGAUCGAGGUCCCCAAGGACAUCAAGAUCACCGGCGAGGUCUGGCCUCUUCUCAUGGCCAACGGUGCUGCGUUCAAGGACCAGGCCAACCCCAAGGUCAUGCUUCGCAUCGGUAAGGCCGGCGACGUUGGUACCUUUGAGAUGAGCGAUAUCAUCGUCCAGACCCAAGGCCCCCAGGCUGGUGCCAUCCUCAUGGAGUACAACAUUGCUGGCUCUACCCCUGGCGCCGCUGGCCUCUGGGAUGUACACUUCCGCAUUGGAGGCAGUGCCGGAACCCAGCUUCAGUCCGACAAGUGCGCCAAGAACCCCAACGUCACCACGACCGCCAACCCUGAGUGCAUCGGUGCCUACCUUCUCACCCACAUGACGGCCCAGUCUUCUGGCUACUUUGAGAACACCUGGUGGUGGGUUGCCGACCACGAGCUCGAUCUUCCCGACCGCAAGGCCCAGAUCAACAUCUACAACGGCCGUGGUGUUCUCUGCGAGGCUACCAAGGGCACCUGGUUCUGGGGUACCGCCUCCGAGCACAGCGUUCUCUACAACUACCAGUUCAACAACGCCUCCAACGUCUACAUGGCUCACAUCCAGACCGAGACGGCCUACUUCCAGGGUAACCCCGACGCCAAGACGCCCUUCACGGUCAACAACGCCAUCCUCGACCCCAACUUUGAGACCUUCUGCACUGGCCAGAGCGACAAGUGCGCCCGUACCUGGGGUGUCCGCGCCAUCAACUCCAAGGACAUUCUCAUCUACGGUGCCGGCCUGUACAGCUUCUUCAACAACUACGACCAGGUCUGCGUUGGUGAGAACAACUGCCAGGACCACAUGGUCUCUCUCGAGAACUCGGAUGUCAAGUUCUUUGGUCUUAGCACCAAGGCGGCCAUCAACAUGGUUACGGUCAACGGCAAGGGCGCUGCGCUCGACACCGACAACCGCAACAACUUCUGCGCCACUGUGGCCAUGUUCCAGGCUCCCCUCUAGGAGAGGGCCAACAUCAAGUGGUACAGUGUCGAGGCGGUUGCUGGAUCCCUUUAGAAGAGAGUUACUGUGCCCCGAGAGGAGCGCCGUUAUCCGCACGUGGUCGCAACGAUCCCGUACGCUCCAAAGUACACGGAUGCCUACGUUCCGGGUGAAGCUUUCCCUAUUCCCAAGGGAAUUACCGACCACCACGUCCGCCACCAUGUCCAUCACCACAACCACCAGCCUGUUGGCGAGCACGUCCGCGAGCUUCGCUUCUAGGAUCGUGGCUGUGUUUACUUUCUUCCAGAUGUAGUCGUCCGCCCCAGUGGUGCGUCGCUGCAUGUUCUUAACACACCCCUUUUUUAUGCUAUGGGAUUUGGCAGGAGGCAUACUUGCAUCACGGGAGUUUACGGUUUCUAGAAAACGGGAUUUGGCCGUGGAUCGUGAGAACACGAGGGUUUUUACGGCGGG